AACCGAACCAAACUCCAACUAACCAAAGUGUCUUAUCUCUUCAGUUCUGAUCUCACUGCUGAGAUUCCCAACAAACCAAGCCUCUCUGACUGUGAGUCCCAGCAGCUCUCAGAUGUUUAAAGAGCAGUCUGUCUCUCUGAGCUGUGAGGAGGACGACAGCUCUGCUGGAUGGACUCUGAGGAGGAACACAUCCGGAGAAACCAGGACUCAGUGUGGAGAUGGCUGGGGAAGACCUGCUGGGUCUUCCUGUAUCAUCAGCUACAUGGACCCAUCGCAAAGUGGAGUGUACUGGUGUGAGUCCAGAGAGGGAGCAACCAGUAACAGCAUCACCAUCACUGUCACUGAUGGACCAGUGAUCCUGCAGAGUCCUGUCCUCCCUGUGAUGGAGGGAGAAGACCUCACUCUGACCUGUCAAACAGAGACCUCCUCCAUCCUCCCAGCUGGGAAACCAAAUACCACAAGCCCUCCUACGAGCUCGCCACCGGCCCCUGAAACAACCUCAGCUCCGGCCCAGACCUCAGACCCACCUUCGACCUCAGACCUCCUCUACCUUGUGAUCAGACUGGUCUGCCACCUGGUGGUGUUCUGUCCGUACUGCAUCUCCACUUUCAUCAUGGUGUCUUUAUAUCGACAGAGGGCCAAAGGAAAUGACCUGUCUGUCUCCAUGGUGACGACCCCGCCCACCCGGGCUGAGGAAGGAUUGGAUGAAAACUAUGAUGAUGUCACCACGGAGCAUCACUUCUGA